CUCCGAGAGCAACGUGGGUCCCCUCAGCGCGGCAGACAGUCUUCAUUCUUUACUGUGCUCAUCUGUACCAUCAACUGCGUCGUCACCGCGUCGUCACCUCUCUGUUUCGAGAUGAAGCUUCAGAUCUUGCUGUGCCUUGUCGGCCUCGCUGCUGUGUGCGGUGCUGCCCCCUCCAACACCAACACGACGGCCACUGUGGCCGACCCAUCAGCUGCCGAUGCCGCCACCAACGAGACGGUAGGGAGGGCGCCUGUCACUGUGUGUCGGUUCUCUUCCCAUCUGGUUGUGCUGCUUUGCGUGUGUGCAGUCAGUGUCCACCACCGAGACAGAUCUCGAUACCGCUCCUCUCGAUAACAACGUGGGCAAUCAUGGCUUUGCAUAACACAUUUUCUUAUUGGUGACACUGUGUGUAUGUGUGUGUGUAUGUGAGUGUGUGCAGGUUGCUGAUGGCGAGGACGGCGGGAGUCGCCGUCUGCAGGACGAUGAGCAAGUCUUCAGAGAAGUCGUUUCACACGAGGGCGUCAGGAGGUGUGACCAGUCGGCCCUCAUCGAGAAGGGCGAGGCGAUAGGGCGUCAGCGUGCCGCGGAGUGGGGGGACGAAUGGCGCCUCGAGUCUGUGGAGAUUGUGGGGGACCCCGAGCCAACCACAACCAGGGGAACUGGCGACACACCGAGUAGCUGCUCCAUAUCUGGCACCGUGGAGAUCAGGCUUGUCACGGUAUAUGCAUCCACGCGAAUCUGUGAACACAGCCUGUGUGAAUGCACCUAUGUGGGGGGUGUGCGUGCAGUGGAGAAAAAUCGGCGUCAUCAACAAAUGCCAUGAGCCCAUCAGGAUUAUCGUCCACUACAAGCCGAGAUCCGGCGACUGGGUCUGCAGCGACUGGUAUAGUGUCAGUCCCGACAACGACAAGGGGUACUUCCCCUUCCAAGUGGACGGCGAGUGGGAGAUCUACUGGCACGCGCAGAGCACCGUCAGCGACGCCACUUGGCACGGCUACGGCGACGAUAUCAAGGAGUGCAAGGGAGAGGGUCUGGACAUGGAGGUGGCAAAAUUGGAUGAGGACCUCGACUAUGACGGCAAUUUCUUCCUGAGACUGACAUGCGACCGGCGCCGCCUCCGAGGACGCCAACUCGAUCGCUGAAGCAAGCUGAGUCCAAAUGGGAGGGAGGAAAGGCCGUGUGUGCUGCAUGUGGAGUGGGUGACCGUCAUGUGUGAGUGAGCACAUCUUUUCGGUGUCAUCGAAUGUGGAUGAGAGAAAGGAUGGCAGUAGUGUACUUGUUGUGUACCUGCUGCUUUCUCACCCGCGCGAGUUGCGCUAGUUGCGUAGCUGGCCGCCGACACGCUCCCCCAUCCCUCCCUCCCUCCCUCCCUCGUGCUUUUUCUGGCCUUCUGUGUUUUUUGGGCCAAAUCCUGGCGGCUCUCUCGAGUGUGGCUAUGGGUGUGGGUGUGGCUAUGGGUGUGAGUGUGGGGUGGCAGUCAUGUGUGCCACACAUUGGCAACAGACUACAUGGGUGACAGACCAUAGUUGUGUGCGUGUGCGUCGUUGAGGGCCUGGAACUGUGGAGGUGGGACUGCGUGCUGCUUUGGUGAACGG